GUCACGUGAUUCAGAACCAAAAUGGCCGCCUUGUUGUUUUGAUGAAUAAUACUUUGUGUGUUUGUUUCGUUCUUGACAGAAAGCCAUUAGAAAACCGUUUUUAAAUUAUAUUUACUGCUUUUUAAAAAAAUAUACGCAACCAGACAACAGUCGACCCUAUUUCAAAUAUAAUCGACUUAAGACUAUGCACUUUUGUUCAAUUUAAAUUAAAGAGACAGAGUGACAUUAAAAAUUAAAAGGAAAGCGAUGGAAGAACUGAGUGCUGAUGAGAUCCGGAGAAGACGCCUUGCCCGACUUGCAGGCGGACAGAGCUCUCAGCCCACCACUCCUCUCAGCACUCCCCUCACCUCUCCACAGAGAGAGAACCCUCCUGGACCUCCCACAGCCCCCUCACCAGCUGCGCCCGGCCCAUCCCACUACCUGGGGCUCAGCAUUCACAACAUGACCCCUGCUACGUCUCCCAUCGGAGCAUCAGGAGUUGCUUGCCGGAGUCAGAGUAGUGAGGGGGUGAGUUCUCUCAGCAGCUCUCCCUCAAACAGCUUGGAAACCCAAUCCCAGUCCCUCUCCAGAUCUCAGAGCAUGGACAUCGACAGUGUUUCCUGUGAAAAAAGGUCAAGUUCUUGCAUGUCCCAGGUGGAUGUUGACUCAGGAAUUGAAAAUAUGGAGGUUGAGGAGAGUGAUCGCAGAGAAAAGAGGAGCCUUACAGUCAAGGAAUCUUCUUCGGAUUCUGAAGUGUCGGAGGAGCAGGCACUCCAGGUCAUCUGUAAGAUCCUCAGAGUCUCCUGGAAGGAGAGGGACAGGGAUGUCAUUUUCCUUCCGAUACUUGCUGCUGAAUUCACACGGGAUCCUAAAGAAGUUUGUUCAGAUUUUAAGGACUUAAUUGGCCAGAUUUUAAUGGAGGUUCUCAUGAUGUCCACACAAGCGAGAGAGAACAAUCCUUUUGCCAGUUUGACCGCUACAUCACAGCCAAUCGCUGCAGCUGCCAAAUCUCCUGAUAGACAUCUGGUUCUGAACCCUUCCUCGAGCCAAGGAACAAGCCCCAUGCUUACCAAUGUAGGAUCGUUUGGGGCCAGCUCUCUCUCAAGUCUGUACGGGACUAGUCCAGAUCCGCAGGCAUUCACCUCUGCUGUGAUGACUGCUCCAUCCCAAUCUUCAGCCCCCUUGACAGUGCCGUCUCCCACCUCCCACUCCUCUCCUGCGAGUUCUUCAGCACCACUGCCCAUUUCCCAGAGGUACCGUCCAUAUGCUGUUGGCUACCCCUGGGCUUUCUCCACCUCUCCCAGCCCAAGAUCCACAGCAGUAAGCCAUGCAGCCCCUGCAGCUUCCUCCUCCUCCUCCUCCACUGGGAUUUGUGUUUCCCAAAGUCCACAAGUCAUGGCUACGAGUCCCCUGGCCGUCCCAGCCAGCUCUCCUAGGCCGAGGCGGCCCACAUCGAUGCCUCCACCGUUAGUCCCAGGCUCUCCCAGCACUGCUGCUCAACAACCCUCACUCGUAAACAGGAUACCAUCUAGUAUCUACGACAGCCCCCUCUCCCUCCUCUUCUUUGCCCUUUCUGAUGUUUCUGAGGACAGCAGUGACGAUGAGGCAGAGGAGGAAGAUUUUUCUAGGGUCCAGUUUGGGUCCAGUAGCCUUGGUACAUCGAGUGGUGUUGUAACUGAUUCUGGAAGUGACCGCUUUACCAUUGAAGCAUGCAAAGAGACGGAGAUGCUGAACUACCUCAUUGAACGCUUUGAGAGUGUUGGAAUGGAAGAGAGGAAAGCUCCAAAGAUGUGCAGCCAGCCACAUGCCAGUCAACUGCUAAGCAACAUUCGAUCUCAGUGUGUUUCCCAUGCUGCUUUGGUGCUGCAGGGAGCAUUAACACAGCCGAGGUCGUUGCUGCAGCAGUCUCUGCUCGUACCGUACAUGCUGUGCCGGAACCUGCCUUACGGCUUCAUUCAAGAACUGGUUAGAAUGACUCACCAGGACGAAGAGGUUUUCAAACAGAUCUUUGUUCCAAUUCUACAAGGAUUGGCCCUUGCUGUCAAAGAGUGUUCCUUUGACAGUGACAACUUCAAAUAUCCUUUAAUGGCUUUAGCGGAACUCUGUGAAAUAAAGUUUGGAAAGACUCACCCUGUGUGCAGUUUGAUCACGUCACUGCCACUGUGGUGCCCGGAUUCUCUGAGCCUGGGGUCAGGCAGAGAGCUCCAGAGACUGUCAUAUAUUGGCGCUUUCUUCAGCCUGUCUGUUUUUGCUGAAGAUGAUACAAAAGUGGGAGACAAAUAUUUCUCAGGACCUGCGAUUACCCUUGAGAAUACUAAACUGGUCAGUCAAUCUUUGCAGCAUUAUCUGGAAUCAGCAAGGGGCGAUCUUUUUAAAAUCCUGCAUAACAUUUUACUGAAUGGGGAGACCAGGGAGGCUGCUUUAAACUACAUGGCGGCUGUGGUCAAUCGAAACAUAAAGAAAGCGCAGAUACAGACGGACGACAGGCUUGUGUCCACAGAUGGAUUCAUGAUAAAUUUCCUGUGGGUCCUUCAGCAGCUAAGCAUGAAAAUUAAACUGGAGACAGUCGAUCCGUUUUACAUUUUCCAUCCAAAGUGCCGUCUAAAUAUGACAACCGACGAGACCCGCCUAAAAGCCCCCAUGGAAGAUUUGAAGAGCUGGCUGGCAGAGCUUUAUGGCGAUCCGUCAAAAUUUCCUGAGCCAAAGUUCCCUACAGAAUGCUUUUUCCUGACCCUACAUGCUCACCACCUGUCUGUUCUUCCUGGCUGCCGGCGUUACAUACGAAGACUGAGAGCAAUCCGGGAUCUGAACCAAACAGUGGAAGAGUUGAAGAAUAGUGAGAGUCAAUGGAAGGAUUCUCCUCUGGCAACAAGACAUAGAGAGAUGCUGAAAAGAUGCAAGACCCAGCUUAAGAAACUGGUGCGCUGCAAGGCCUGUGCAGAUGCAGGAUUGCUGGAUGAGAACUUAUUGAGGAGAUGCCUGCAGUUUUAUGGCAUGGUGAUUCAACUGAUUCUGCGCAUUGUUGACCCAGCCUACCCACAGAUAACACUACCUUUAAACCCAGAGAUUCCCAACGUCUUUGCUGCCCUGCCUGAGUUUUACAUUGAAGAUGUGGCGGAGUUCCUGCUUUUCAUUGUACAGUAUUCCCCUCUGGUUCUGUAUGAGCCUUGCACUCAGGACAUUGUGACGUUCCUUAUCGUUUUCAUCUGUAGCCAGAACUAUAUCAGAAACCCUUACCUUAUCGCCAAGCUGGUAGAGGUCUUGUUUGUGACAAACCCGGCUGUCCAGCCACGCACCCAGAGGUUUUCUGAGAUGAUGGAGAACCAUCCCCUGUCUAUCAAACAAUUAGUCCCUGCACUGAUGAAGUUUUAUACAGAUGUUGAACAUACAGGAGCUACCAGCGAAUUCUAUGACAAAUUCACCAUCCGCUACCACAUCAGCACAAUCUUCAAGAGCCUGUGGCAGAACGCAUCUCACCAUGGCACGUUCAUGGAGGAGUUCAAUUCUGGAAAGCAGUUUGUUCGCUACAUAAACAUGUUGAUAAACGACACCACCUUCUUGCUGGAUGAAAGCCUGGAGUCCCUCAAACGAAUUCAUGAGGUGCAGGAGGAGAUGAAGAACAAGGAGCAGUGGGACCUGCUGCCUCGGGAUCAGCAGCAGAGCAGACAGUCUCAGCUGACCCAGGAUGAGCGCGUGUCUCGUUCGUACCUCGCUCUCGCAACGGAAACGGUUGACAUGUUUCAUAUUCUCACCAAGCAGGUUCAGAAACCUUUCCUCAGACCUGAGCUUGGCCCACGUUUAGCUGCCAUGCUGAACUUUAACCUUCAGCAGCUGUGUGGCCCCAAGUGCCGUGACCUGAAAGUUGAGAAUCCCGAGAAGUAUGGUUUUGAGCCAAAGAAGCUGCUGGAUCAGCUAACUGAUAUUUACCUUCAGUUAGACUGUGCAAGGUUUGCUAAGGCUAUUGCUGAUGAUCAGCGGUCCUAUAGCCGAGAACUCUUUGAGGAAGUAAUUUCCAAAAUGACGAAAGCUGGGAUCAAGUCAACAAUAGCAAUAGAAAAAUUUAAGCUACUGUCUGAAAAGGUUGAAGAGAUUGUGGCCAGGAAUUCUCAAUCCGAAAUUGACUACAGCGAUGCACCGGAUGAAUUUAAAGAUCCCCUGAUGGAUACUCUGAUGAGCGACCCUGUCCGACUACCCUCUGGAAACAUUAUGGACCGCUCCAUAAUCUUGCGGCACUUGUUGAACUCGCCCACGGACCCAUUCAGCCGCCAGAAUCUUACUGAGAACAUGCUGGAAUCACUUCCGGAGUUGAAAGAAAGAAUUCAAGCAUGGAUGAGGGAUAAGCUAAAUGCUGGCCGCUAUUCACAAUGAAGCCUUCGCUGCUGAUAAUAAUUAAGGGAAGUGAUUACCAGCUGAUGUCCAGGAACGAGAGCUGACGGAUUGGUUGUUUCUUUCUCUUUUUUUUUUUUUUUUUUUUUAAUUUGUUUUUCUUUGGACUAAGGCUUUUAUAGCCUAUAGUACUGAACGUAAUAAAGAAUAAAG